AUGUGGAAUUCGGCGGCGCAGUCGACGUCGUUUAGGGAGGAAAGGGACGACGAGGAGGCGCUACGGUGGGCGGCGCUGGAAAGGCUGCCGACGUACACUCGUGUACGGCUGGGAAUCUUUAAGAACAUUUUGGGAGAUUCCAAGGGAAUUGACGUGGAGAAAUUACAAUUGCAGGCACAUAAAAUUAUACUGGAUCGGUUAUUAAACUCUGUAGAAGAAGACUGGGAGAAAUUCUUCAGACGACUGCGACGUCGUUUUGAGAGGUUAACUUUAUUAUUAGGUCCUCCAAGCUCUGGAAAGACAACACUGCUUCUUGCCCUUGCUGGACGUCUUAAAUCCGAUUUGCAGAUGUCUGGGGAAAUAACUUAUAAUGGACAUGGUCUGAAUGAGUUUGUUCCCCAAAAGACAGCUGCUUAUGUCAGUCAACAAGAUUGGCACGUAGCAGAGAUGACCGUGAGAGAAACUCUUGACUUUCCAGCACGUUGCCAAGGUGUUGGGUAUAAAUACGAUAUGCUUCUGGAACUUGCAAGAAGAGAAAAGAUUGCUGGGAUUAAGCCUGAUGAAGAUAUUGAUAUAUUCAUGAAGGCACUGGCUUUGGAGGGGAUGGAGACGGGACUUGUUGUGGAGUACAUUUUAAAGGUAUUUUCUGGAUGUUAA